AUGUCCGCCUUCUCAUAUACACUCACUCACCAAAUGAUACAUUGAAGCCAAUUAAGAUUAGUUUUUAAGUUUUUGUAUCUUUGUACCCGUAGGGCGUAAAGUAACGUAAACAGCACGUUUGUCUUGUUAAUGCUCACAGUUGAAUAUACGAUUCUAUAAAGAGCUAUUGUUAGUUUUUUCUCUAUCUUUGUUGUUUACAUUUUCUUUGUUUGUCAGCAAACUACUUCGUGACGAAUUAAAAAGAUGCACUUUAACUGUUUGUGUUGUUUAAUAAUAAUUUUUAUAUAUUGCUGCUUAGCAAAAGAAAAUCAGCAAAAAGAUCAACAAUAUGCAAAAUUACAAGAAAAUACCACUUGGGAAUACAUUAUCGAUGAAGAGAUGCAAGGCCCACAAGAAAAGCUGUUAACACGUAAAAAACGCUACUUAGAGUUCCCAGAAGGAUCAUCAUUCCAAAUCGUCUACGACUUAAUCAUUGGUGUCGUCGAUUACACCAAUUAUUUAAUUUUGGGAGUUACUGUGGCUUUGGCUUGGGAACUGCCCAGCAAGCCGCCCAGCGAAAUACUUAAUGACUUAAGAGAACGUCUUAAAGAGGGGACUUUAGGUACUACACGCAACGAUACCAUUAGUCAAAUAACUUACGCAGAUACAAAAACACCAGCCAGGAAUUACUGGCGACAACACACGAUUAAAUCAUUUCCCGGCUCGGCAUUUCGCGUUCCUAUGCACUAUAAGUAUUACACUCCUCAUAAAGCAGAAAUUCAAGUAAACGCUAAGACCUUUUUGCCUAAAUAUCACAGCUACUAUAACAAAUGGUCAAAUGAUUUACAUAAAAGUUCCAACCUCAGUAAAUAUCCCUGGUGGAAUUUAUCAUCCAGACUAAGGGAACCAUUUGAGAAACAUUUAAAAAGACCCGGAUAUCUUAAUCCAUACUAUGAAUCAAAUCUUUCAAACAAGUAUCAGCACAAUACGUGGUCCCCUUCUGGUACAGGACGAGCCAUUCAACGUCACGUCUUUCCGAUAUUUGGCAAACGUAAUACGCUGGAUAAAGAGGAAAAGAACCAACGUCACCUGCGUUACAAGCGUCACGGUAUAAAAUCUCAAUACAUGUCCAAAUGGGAUCGCAUACAUAUAAGAUAUCAACGCAGUAGUCGGCAUGAACUUUAUGAGAAAAUUGAAAAAUAUUUGGAAAAACGUGGCUGUAACGGACAUCAUUGUGUACUGAGAGCACUUUGCGAGACCGGCCAAAAGGCAACUGAAGUUCAACCUGGUUCUUUUGUGGGUGAAUUAAUGCGUGCGGUUUUCACUAUACCUGAACCAUUACCAGAAGAUCUGGAUAGCCUGGGUUAUAAAGAAAAACGCUACGAUGUUGCUAAUGCCUUAACUGGAAACUGCGCAACACGCUAUCAUUUAUGCAAAGAAUCUUUAUGGGCUUCACAUUUUGUUAUGUGAA